AUGUGGACAAUGAGUAUGGCUUGGCUCUGUCUCCCAGCCUACACUGUCCUCCUUGUUGGUUGCUUUCACACAGCUGUCACGGAAAGCGAUGUCACUCCACGCCUCACCUUCUCCUACAAUGCGAAGGAGAGGACAACCAGAAGUUUCUCAGUCGGUGGAGUCUUCAACUUCACUUCUCUGCUACUCAGUAAAGAAGACAACACGCUGUAUGUCGGCGCUCGGGAGAUUCUCUUUGCUCUCAACCUCGCUGACAUCAGUGCGGUCAAGCUACAAAGAAAUCUCACAUGGAAAACUCCAGAGAGGAAGAGAGGCGAGUGCAGUUUCAAAGGCAAAGACCUGCAGACGGAUUGCUUCAACUACAUCAAGAUUUUACUACCUGUGAACGACACUCAUCUGUAUGUGUGUGGAACAUACGCCUUCAGCCCCACCUGUGCUUACAUAAACACUGCAGACUUCUCCCUUGUCAAGAGUGAUACUGGUGAGAUUGUUACAGAAGAUGGACGGAGCCGCUGCCCCUUUAACCCCGAAUACAAGUCCACUGCUAUCAUGGCUGAUGGAGAGCUGUAUGCCGGUACAGUCAGUAAUUUCCAAGGAAAUGAACCCAUCAUUUACAAGAGUCUAAGCCAAGGAACUGCUCUAAAAACAGAAAACUCACUCAACUGGCUUCAAGACCCAGCCUUUGUUGGCUCUGCCUACAUACAGGAGAGCCUGCCCAAGGGCAACCUGGUGGGCGAUGACGAUAAGAUUUACUUCUUCUUCAGUGAAGCGGGAAAGGAGUUUGAUUUCUUUGACAACACCAUCGUGUCACGCAUUGCUCGCGUGUGUAAGGGUGACAUGGGAGGUGAGAGGGUUCUGCAGAAGAAAUGGACGACCUUCCUGAAGGCUCAACUCUUGUGCUCUCUGCCUGACGAUGGCUUCCCCUUCAACAUAAUCCAAGACAUGUUUGUGCUGACACCGAGCCCCGAGGACUGGAAGAACACUGUGUUUUAUGGAGUCUUCACUUCUCAGUGGUAUAAAGGUGCUUCUGGAAGCUCUGCAGUGUGUUCCUUCACUAUGGACCAGGUGGAAAAGGCGUUCAAUGGGCGAUACCGUGAGGUCAACAGAGAGACUCAACAGUGGUACACAUACAAUCAUCCGGUCCCAGAGCCUCGGCCUGGUGUGUGUAUCACAAAUGCUGCCAGGGAACAGGGCAUCUCCUCCUCACUGCACAUGCCAGACAAAGUGCUGAAUUUUGUCAAAGACCACUUCUUGAUGGACAGCGUGAUCCGCAGCCAGCCUCUCCUACUGAAACGUAAUGUUCGCUACACUCAGAUCGCUGUCCAUCGAGUGCAGACAGCAAAAAAGGCGUAUAAUGUGAUCUUCAUUGGCACAGAUGAUGGGAGACUUCAUAAAGCCAUUAAUGUCAACAACAAGAUGCACAUCAUCGAGGAGAUGGUGCUCUUCCGUGAUAACCAACCAGUGCAAAAAAUUGAGUUGGACAUUGAAAAGGGUCAGCUUUAUGUUUCUUCUUUCUCUGAACUGGCGGAGGUCCCAGUAGCUAACUGCACUAAUUAUCAGAGUUGCGGAGAGUGCAUCCUCUCCAGGGAUCCUUACUGUGCUUGGAACGGGAGGCAGUGUGUGGAUGUCAGACAGGCUCCACCAAGCAGUGCCUUGCAGCAGGAUGUAGAUGAAGCUGACACAUCAGCUAUUUGCAACAAGACAGUGCCAGGCCCACGAUUUGCUAAACCUCCACCUACACGAAUGUCUUCAUGCCAGGUGAUCAUUAUCCCAGCCAACACGUUCAAAGUUCUCCCUUGCAAGCUGCGCUCUAAUUUGGCAGAAAGGAGGUGGGAGUUCAGUGAGAGUGCAGGUCACUUCCAUUACCCCAGCCCAGAGGGGGGACUGGUAGUGGUAGCUCAAGCUGACAGGCAGGAGACCUACGAGUGCUGGUCAGUGGAGGAAGGCUUCAGACAGCUGCUGGCGAACUACUGCGUGAGGGGCGAGGCCAAGCACGAGAGCACCACCAUGAGAGGACGCUCACGCACGCCACAGGUCACCCAGGAGGAGUUUGUCAUUCUGCCGGGAGAGGCCCGCUCACCGCAGAUCAACACCAAGACCUACUGGAACGAGCUGAUCGUGGUGUGCUCCCUCCUGGCGUUCUCCCUGGUGGUCUUCUCUCUGUUUGUGGUCUACAGGAACCGCAACCACAUGAAGUCCAUGCUCAAGGAGGGAGAGUGCCCCAACAUGCAGCAGAAGAAGCCCAGAAUAGCGGGGAAACCGGCUGAGAACUUGCCGCUAAACGGCAACACAGUCACAGCGUCGGCGUCGGAUCACAAGGGCUACCAGACCCUUAACGACAACUACAUCUGCAGCACUCCCCCACACGAGUGCUCGUCGCCCGACAACAGCAGGAGCUUCUCAGAAUCGGAGAAGAGGCCUCUGAACUUGAGAGAGAGUCAUGUAGAGAUUUCUCCCACAUGCCCACGGCCAAGAGUCAGACUGGGCUCCGAGAUUAAAGACUCUAUAGUGUGAGGCCAGCUUUCUGUUGUGUGAAAGGGACUCAAUUUAAACUGAAAGGAACGAGUGCACUUGCUGAGAGAGACAAAGCCCUAUAAGAGGGAAAACUGAGGAUCAAUCGACUCUUCAUGAAGAGACAUUUCAUUACACAGAUUUUUGCACUUUUUUGUUCUGUCCCUGUGGUCCAUGUUCAUUUCAUUUCCCUCUCACUCCCUCUUAUUCAAGUGCAUUUGAGGCACAUUGAAGAAGUUCCAGUUUGCCUUCAGACUUUUGAUGCUUUCACUACGGCUCACAGGAAUGUAACAGGCGAAGAGGUGAUUCAGUGAUUUAGUUUCAUAGCAUUGCCACUUAAUCCGUCCAUAUAAUCUGCUGGUAAUGCUUUGAAAGGCAGAGUGAUAUUUGAACAUGUUCCCACUAACAACUUAUAGUGUUUACUGUUUUAUUUGCAUUCUGUCAUCUGGUAAGAGCCUACCCUUCGCUGAGGCUAUGCACUAUGUACUGUACUGUAGCAAGGUAAACACUCACACCAGAAUAUACACCAACAGUGGCAGGCGAGAAAGAAAAAAAAAGAAAAAGUCCUGUCAUAGAUUUUUUUUUUUAGAUAGCCAGUGUGCAUUCACAGAAGUAUACUCAUCGUUUAGGCUUGAAUAUAACACAGCAGCAGAUCAAUAAUUAAGAGAAGAAGAGUCGUGAUAAGAAACUUAAAGGUUUAUUAAAAAAAAAGAAUCAUUAUUUAUAAAGAGAACACGAACAAGGAGUCACCUCAGUGGAAAUGUUUUAGAAACUCUUACCACCUCAAUCACCGUACACCAAAAACAUGAAUAUUAUAUAGUCAUAAAUGGAGACAUGUUAUGCUAUGUUAUUAAGUAUCGGUAUUAUUAGUGGAUACAAAUAUUCCUCUGUGGAAGCCUGACAUUUUCGACAGGGUUUUCUUUCACCAAAUGUGACAAAAGGGAAAAAUCUCAUUCCAGGUAUUAUCAUGCUGUUCUUCAUGAGAUAGGCAGUCUAUGCAAAGCAAAUAAUGUGAAGUGGGGUAAACACCGAGACAACCUCACCUCGAGACUGAGUAAGCACAAAGGUGUUGGCGCUGUUAAUUACUUUAGGAUCAGCGGCACUGCAAACACACACUCACACUCCCACCAACACACACACGCUAUCAGUACACUAACUCUAGGAAUGCAAGAGAUUUUAGCUAUUUUGAUGUAUUUUAGUGCAGAAUAUUGCCCAUAUGUUUCUCUUACAGAGAGACAUUUUUCAUAUUCUUUCAUUUAUACAAAUAACUAUCACUGUUCUCAAAGGAAAAUAAUAAUAAAUAUUUAUAUAAUACACCUAUUCAUAAUCUGAUUUAAAAAACACAUCUGUAUAGCCUCAACUUUGAUAUACAUAUUGAUUGAUGAGUGUUAAAGAAUGGACGAAAAAAAGCCUCUGCUUGCUUAAAUGGUUUUAAAGGCAACCAUAAAGGCAAUAAUUUUCAUUCUCAUCCAGUAAUAAACAUUAUAAUUCUGCAUUUUAAUUAUCUUGAUUAGUCAUUUCCCUUAUUCAGACAUAAUGAAUUGUAAAUUAUAUGAUCCACCAAAUUUGUGAGUCAGAUGUUGGAGUAACUUGAAAGCAUUUUUAUACAAUAUUAUUGAAGUCUUAUUUUGAGUUUAGCUCUAGUAUUGUAAUGCGGCCAGCAAAAUCAAAAUUUUCACAAACUGCAGGAAGGCGUUCAGAUUGACUCAGAAUGCAUAGGAUUUGCACAUGACGUGGAAAAGCCUUAGUAUAAUGCAGGUUAUGGAUUUGAUAACAAAUCUGAAACGGAUAAUGCCUUCUGAAACAAUAAUCAAGAGAUGUGCCUCAUGGAAUGACAAACUAACCAGGUAGUAGUGCUGUAGAGUCAAAUGCUACACUGUAGGUGUGACAGGACUGGCCAUGCUCAGACGCAAGAGUGAAAACAUGGAAUAUGUGUGAUUUAAUACUGUCAAGUUUGUACAGUAUGUGCUCAUGAGGUGUUUUUUAUUUUUUUUAUUUUUUUGUCACGGUGGCUUCAACCUUGGUCAGGGACUAAAUUUUAUUCUAAAACUGUAGCACAUGAAUAACCACUGGCUGAUUAUAAAAUAUUGAAUUAUUGAUAAGUAUUAUGUUACAUUUCUUGUAAAUGGCACUGCAAAAAUGACUGGUCAACUAUAAUCAAUCAUGCAGGAUGAAAGAUUCAUGCUUGUGACUGUUAUUAGAAACAAACAAAUGGCAGCUUUUGGUGAAGUGGCUGUCGUCAGAACAAUAUACAAAUUGCAGAACAAAUACAAUGUGGCAGUGACUUAGUACAAUGUUGUUUUUAUUGAAUACAAGCCUAAACUAUUAAUGCCACAGUGAAAAUAUCGUCGCCUGCUAUCUCUUAAUGAACCACUUAUAGUCUGGCCUUUUAUUUGUGACGGUACAAGUCGCUCAGACUCUUGUCAACAUGUACGUAAAAAUAGUUUUUUUUAUGUAAAAUUAUUUUGUAAAUUCAGCUGCCAAUGUAAAAAAUAUUGUGAAUUGUAUUUUUUUGUAUCAUACAUCACUACUGUUUGUUUUUUCUUUUUGUAUUGUAUAUGAA